AUAACUGGUUUCUCUGAACCAUCUAAACCCAUAGUUAUAUAUUUUCAAUUAAACUUUUACAUUACAUACCAACCAAUGCUAAAAUAAUAAUCAUAAUGCAAAAGAAGGUCUGGUACACCCUUGUGCUAUAAGAAAUCAAAGAAAACAAAGCGUGUCAGCCACUGUUAAGUAGACAAGUGUAAUCCUCCAAAUGCUUUAUUGCUUUAGUUUCUUUUUCUAUAGCUUUGUGCUUUUGCUUUUGUUGCAUUUUCCUUAGUGCCCACUCUUCCUUCACCACUCUUUGAUUAAGUUCAUAUGGCUAUAAAUACUCAUCAAGCACAACUGGAAGCUCUCCAUGUCAAAACAACCACUUCUCUGCUUCUUAUUGCAAGCUGAUUACUUUCAUGCAAAUACAUCAUCUCAACUCCCUCAUAAACCUUCUUGAGCUUAAUUAGUAGUGGCAAUACUAGAGUUUCAAAGAUGAAGAACAAGGCUUCUACUUUUCUGAAAGAAAUGUUCUCAGCCAUUGUAGCUGUUGUUAAAGCUAAGUCUAUGGCAGUGAAGAGCAAAACUAGUGCUAUGAAGAACAGGCUCAUCAUCUUUGGCCUUCUUCGCAACAAGAGGGUCCUCAUGAGUGCAAUCUCUCGCAAGAUACACGCGUUAAUUGCUCAGGAGAAGGAUGGAGAAAAUGGCACUGGCUCUGCUGAAGAGUACAACAAGGCACUAGUGUUGUACAAUACUGCAAAGAAUGAAGCUCCACCAAACAACACCAGGACUGAGGCCCUGGAGUUAAUGGGAGAUGAAGACGAAGAAGAAGAUGGUGAUGGCGAUGGUGAUGAUUCGUAUCCUGACUUGAGACACUCCCUCUUUGACUUGGAGGAUGAAGAAGAUGAUGAUGGGCUUGACAAUGGAACAGGAUCAGUGAUCGAUAUUGUUCGUAACUCCAAAGAAGAUGCUUCAAACUUCAGGCUGGAGGAUGAGAUUGACAAUGUUGCUGACUUGUUUAUAAAGAGGUUUCACAAGCAGAUGAAGAUGCAGAAAUUGGAGUCCUUCAAGAGGUACAGAGAGAUGCUUGAAAGGGGUCUGUAAAAGAUGAUGCUAUUAGAAUGGUCCAUCUGGUCCUGCUUUUGGUUUGGCUUUUUAAGCAAGACCUCAACUUUUAAAGAGGAAGCAAAGAUGAAGAUCCUGAUGGAUGCUUGGCUGAAGCUUACUUUGAAACUAAUGCAAAAAUCUAAAUCAUAGGUUUACACUGUUUAAUAGAGAGAGAAGUAAAACUUGUUUAACAUAAGCAGCACAUCACAAAGUUUCAGAGGAAUGUGUAUUUGCUGAAUAAUUCAACUAAAUGUAUGAUCUUUCAAUAAAAAUAUAUUGUGGAGUUGUGUUUAAUA